AUGGCGACUACAUCGAAUAUGUUUCUCUACUCGCUUUCCCUCCAGCCUCCGACAGCCAUUUCACAAGCCAUCGUCGGCCAUUUCUCUAGCAUGAAGGAGCAGCAAAUUCUGACCGUAUCUGGCUCCAUCCUGACCCUAUAUUAUCCUAAUCUGACUCAUGGUAGAGUCCAGCCAUUACUUUCGCAUGACCUCUUCAGCAUAAUCCGAUCGAUCGUCUCUUUUCGCCUAGCCGGAAGCUCCAAAGAUUACAUUAUCGUGUCAAGCGACUCUGGCCGUAUCGCUAUUCUUGAGUAUCUACCAGCUGAAGACCGUUUCUCUCGCAUUGCCUUGGAGACAUUUGGCAAGUCUGGCGUGCGUAGAACUGUUCCAGGUGAAUAUCUAGCUGUCGAUCCAAAAGGCAGAGCCUGUAUGAUUGCGUCUAUUGAAAAGAACAAGCUCGUCUACGUCCUCAAUCGCAACGCCCAAGCCGCACUCAUCAUUUCUUCCCCUCUUGAAGCGCAUCAACAUGGAGUCCUUGUUCUAUCUCUGGUGGCUCUAGACGUGGGCUAUUCAAAUACUAUCUUUGCAGCUCUUGAAAUGGACUAUUCAGGGUCAGACCAGGAUCCCUCUGGCCAAGAGAAGCCCAACGUUGAGCUUGUUUACUACGAACUGGAUCUAGGCCUCAACCACGUGGUCCGUAAAUGGUCGGAAACUGUUGACUCCACGGCAUCGUUACUCUUCCAAGUCCCUGGUGGGAAUGAUGGCCCAAGCGGCGUCCUUGUCUGUGGAGAGGAGAGCGUUACAUACCGACACUCGAAUCAAGACCCUCUCCGUGUCCCCAUUCCACGGCGUAGAGGACCUACAGAAGACCCGCAACGGAAGCGUACCAUUAUUUGUGGUGUGAUGCACAAGAUCAGGAAUACCCCAGAAGGGUUCUUCUUUCUGCUGCAGACAGAAGAUGGCGACACUUUCAAGCUGACUUUUGACCUACAUGAAGACGAAGGUGCUCUGACAGGACAGGUGCGGCGCAUCAAGAUCAAGUAUUUCGAUACUCUCCCUGUUGCUAGCAAUCUGUGUAUUCUCAAGAGCGGGUUUCUUUUUGUCGCUACUGAAUCUGGCGAUCAUCAUUUUUAUCAAUUCGAGAAGCUUGGCAACGACGAUUCAGAUCCCCCAUUUACCAGCGACGAUUUUCCUCCCGACCUUCGUUCUGGGUAUCAGCCUGUCUACUUCUACCCACGUCCUCUAGAGAAUAUCGCUUGGGUGGAAAGUCUUGACUCUUUAAGUCCUCUUAUGGACUGCAAGGUUGCUGAUCUGACUGGGGACGGCGCACCGCAGAUCUAUUCAGUAUCCGGCAACGGCGCAAGGAGUCAUUUUCGGAUUCUCAAGCACGGGCUAGAGAUUAACGAAGUCGCGAAAUCAGAGCUACCGGGGAAAGUCUCUGGUGUCUGGACCACGAGGCUAAAGAGACACGAUAAGUACGACGCGUAUAUCAUCUUGACCUCGUCCGAUAACACAUUAGUCAUGAGUGUCGGAGAUGAAGCUGAGCAAGUGAACGAUUCGGGAUUUCUCACCUCUGUGACCACCCUCGCCAUACAGCAAAUCGCAGACGACGGUUUAGUGCAAAUCCACUCUCGAGGCAUCCGACAUCUACGUGGCGGGGAAAUCAGCGAAUGGUCUGCUCCGCAACAUCGAUCUAUAGUAGCUGUUGCUACAAAUGAGCAGCAGGUUGCAGUUGCUUUGGGCUCAGGGGAGAUUGUCUAUUUCGAAGUAGACAGUGAUGGAUCACUCAAUGAGUACGACGAGAAGAAGGAGAUAUCUAGCACCGUAAUGUGUCUCAGCUUAGGACCAGUCCCUGAGGGGCGUGUCCGAAGCCCUUUAUUGGCUGUGGGAUGCGAAGAUUGCACCGUUCGAAUCCUUAGCCUGGAUCCAGAUUCCACGCUUGAGAGCAAGUCUAUACAAGCGCUCACUGCGGCACCCUCGGCGCUAAGCAUCAUGGCGAUGGAAGACCCCUCAUCCAGUAGCUCAGGACUGUACUUGCACAUCGGGCUGAGCUCUGGUGUCUAUCUGCAAACUAGGCUGGAUGAAAUCACAGGAGAGCUAUCAGAUACACAGACAAGAUUCCUUGGCCUCAGGUUUAUUAAGCUUUUCCAGAUUACUGUCAACGGGAAACCUUGUGUUUUAGCCCUUGGCUCUAAACCUUGGCUGGCUUAUACAGACCCGAAACGAGGAUUCAUGAUGACGCCUCUGGAUUGUGAUGAGCUGGAGUGGGGAUGUAACUUUAGUAGUGAGCAGUGUGAAGAGGGUAUCAUCGCGGUUCGGACCAAUUUCCUCCAUAUAUUUUCCAUCCAUAAUAUAUCUGAUAACACGGUCCGAAAAUCGAUAUCUCUGACCUACACACCACGGCAUUUUGUCAAGCAUCCUAAUGAGCCCUACUUCUAUACGAUCGAAGCUGACAACAAUACACUGAGUCCUGAGCUACGGACACAGCUCUUGGGGGCCACUGAAAACCGAACUCAAGAGGAUACCAGAUUCCCCCCACCCGAAGACUUUGGCUAUCCGCGUGGUUAUGGCCGAUGGGCCUCAUGCAUAAGUGUAGUCGAUCCCAUCGGAGAACAGGUGCUUCAGACAAUAGAGCUGGAAGGCAACGAGGCUGCGAUGAGCCUUGCGGUGGUUUCAUUCACUGGCCAAGAUGGUGAGAGCUUUCUAAUCAUUGGCACGGGGAAGGACAUGAUCCUCAAUCCCAGGCAAUUCUCAGAGGGCUAUAUCCAUGUCUACCGCUUCCAACAAAACGGGAAAGAACUUGAGUUCAUUCAUAAGACCAGAGUCGAAGAGCCUCCGAUGGCGUUUGUGGCUUUCCAGGGUCGGCUAGCCGCAGGAAUUGGCAAAGCUUUACAGAUCUAUGAUCUAGGACUAAAGCAAUUACUUCGAAAAGUUCAUGUUGAGGUGGCGCCGCAGUUGAUUGUCUCCCUUAAUACCCAAGGGAACCGUAUCGUAGUAGGAGAUCUCCAGCAGGGCGUGACGAUGGUUACGUUCGAUCAUAGGCAUCAAAAACUGAUUCCUUUCGUUAAUGACACAGUUGCGCGAUGGACAACUUGUACGGCCAUGAUUGACUAUGAAACGGUGAUAGGUGGAGAUAAAUUUGGUAACCUCUGGAUUGUGCGAUGCCCCGAGAAGGCGAGCCAAGGGGCAGACGAGAGUGGAAACCGCUUCGCCAACGCACAGGAUCAUCUGCACGGCGCACCAACUCGAUUUGACUCAGUGGCCCAUUUCUUCACACAAGAUAUUCCCACCAGCGUCACCAAGACCAACCUCGUCGUGGGCGGACAGGACCUCAUCGUCUGGAGCGGCUUGCAAGGCACCAUCGGCGUGCUUAUCCCCUUCGUCACACGCGAGGACGCCGACUUCUUUCACAAACUCGAGGUGCAGAUGCGUGCUGAAGACCCGUCACUUGUUAGCCGCGACCACCUGAUGUAUCGGAGCUAUUACGUGCCGACAAAGGGCGUCAUAGACGGAGAUUUGUGCGAGCGUUUCAGAUUACUCUCUAUGGAGAAAAAGGAGCGGAUUGCGGGCGAUCUGCAUCGCACAGUGACCGAAAUUGAACGGAAAAUCUCGGAAGCUCGAACUCGAUCCGCAUUCUAG